CAAUAUCCUGAACCAAUGAUGUUCUCCAAGUGCGGUGGCCAGUUACAUUCGGAAAACACGCUCAAUAUUCUUAAUUUGUGCCAAGAGAAGUUCGAGAUAGCAUGUUGACUGCCGGCAUGGGAUUUGUGAAAAUUCGGACCAUCGCAGUUUUGCUCUCGCUAUCUCUGAGUUCCUCGCUUGUGUUGUGGUGGAUUACACCCGCAGAUAAUUCCAUUAAAGGUAACGAACGCAUUUUAUAGUUAUUUAGGUAGUUAUUGGCAGUGAUCCGCACUGUUUUUAUCUUUCAUAGUGACAUGUAGCGCACGUCCCAGCUCGAUUUAUGUUCGAUUUGUUUGAUUUGGGAUUGAAAUUAUUGCCCACUGAAAAGCGAACUCAUGUUUUCCCUUAUUUUAGGAGUAAACACACGCUUGCUUUUAUUUCUUAUUACUCUCUUUUUAAUUUACUUAAAUACUCAAUAAUGAAAAAAUUUAAUUCCAACACACACCAAUUUGUACAGCGUUCAGCCACGCUUACGUCUUCGAAAUAUUUUAAGAAAAAACGUCACCAAAGACUUUAAAAUUUGGAGCUUUUUAGGUUUGGAAUUUAAUAUUUCCUUAAGUCGUUAUUGAUAAUUUGGCAGCUCUCUAUACCAACUGAUCCUUAUCUUCCUUAGUUGUCACCCAAGAUGACUUACUUCUAAAAUUAAAACUUUCUUAUGAGGUUAACAGCUGACAUGAGUUUAUCCGAUACGGCAGCUAAUCCCUAUAGCCAUCUGUACAAGAGCAUGAUUUAAAACUUAAAGGUGGACUUCUUAAAAUCAUUGUUUUGUUAUCCAAUUUACACUUAAAUUAAAGUACUUUCAAAAUAUUUCAGUGCUGUACAACUUUUUCAAGGAAUAUUUUCUUUUUCAGUUUUCAGUAGGAAGGUAUGUGGGGCUUAAAAAAAGCUUUCAGCCAGUGAUUUUCUAUUAAUGUUUUCCCAAUAAUAUUAUUGUGGCUGUCUGGUCAUUUCUUUUUCUUAAAGAUAACAAGGGUAUCAUUUCUGUGGAUCAUAUUUAUGGUGAUAAAAAUGCGAAAUUUGUUUUAGAAUAGGCAUGUGAUAUGAUUUGUGGGUAAUUAAAAGGACUUUCCCAAGUUUAGAUUCUAUUGAAGAAGAUUGUUCAAUCACUCUUUAGGGUAAACUGGGUUAAAAAUGAUGAAAGGCUUUUGAAAAAUCCUCUUGGAAGCAUUACUGUAUGAAAUCCCAGAUGUACUUGCAGUUCUGUCUUAAAAAUCCUCUCUCUCAUUCAAUAUUAGUUUGAAAAUUUAGACUUGGUAUUCAAUAUGCCGGUUAAUGAUAAGAUAUCAGUGGCACAAAACAGUUCAUUAAAAAAGAUAUUGAUUAUUUGGUGUUAUUUAUUCUGAUGUACCAGCCAUCUAGCUUAUUAGCAAGAUUCUGUAUAAAAGAUUGUGUUUUUAUUUCCUUCAAACUCAAUGAAAAAUGUUAAUUAAAGUUAUUCACACUAAGCAAUAAUUGGUCUGGGAAGGUCGUGCAUGACAUAUAAUCUUACUAGAGAGACAAACAGCUGUUGUUAGUAAGGGGGUAUGUGCAUUUCUCCAACAUGCAGAUAGUUUUAUACUUGCUGAUUUAUUUGCCACAUUCUUUUAAGCUCUAUAUCCUAGAAUAAAACAAUAGAAUAGAAUAGAAUAGAAUAAUUUUUAAACAAGUUCUGGUUGAUUGUUAGAACAGGUCUGUUCCAUUUUUAUAGUGAUCCUUUGUUCCAUGGAAGAGCACCUCUUAUAAGGAAGUGAAAGAGAGAGAGUUCAGUUUGUUAUUAUUUGCUCUAUAGAUUGUGUGUGCACAUUGAAUGAAGAUUAUUUUUUCCCUAAGUUAAGUGAGUCCCUGCUGUGAAACUUAAUUAGCCUUCCUGCUGAGUUAUACUUUAGCAUACCUUUAUGUUUUUUAAAAUAGCCCCAGUGAUUAUUCAUCUCAAAGCAAACAAACUGCAAGAAAUGUAGUCUGCAGCAUGACUGCUUGUUUGUAUUAUUUGUCUUCUUAAAAUUUGAUUGAGCAGAUAGCAAGGUAUUCUCAUAAUGGUAAUAAAAUAUAUUAAACCUCUAUACUUCCUAAGGAGUAGAAGAAAAAAAUAAUGAAGAAUGGUUAGAUUAAAAAUGGGUUAUUGACACUGAGAAUCAUCAAGAGAUUACAACAGCUUUAAAUCUGGCUCAUGGUCUGCACCCCCAAAGCUCAAGUCAUAUGCUUUUCUUAUUUCAAGCUGAAAGGAAGUCUAUAUCUAACAGUCCACAUUCCUGUCACCAGAAAGGUGCAAAGAAACUCAAUGGAACUUGGGGUUGUUGUUAUAAGUUCUGAGUCAGUUGUAGCAGAUAGUAUCAUCUUUAGCUUUCCACUUUGAUCAACCCUAAUAGUUGCUGUGGGUUAUGACACUUAAUGACAGUUCUGGAACUUUCCAGCUUGUCCUUCGGGCAAGUUGUCUUAAGGGUAUACUAACCCAAAAAAGACAAUUUUUACUAGCCCAUAUAAUUAAUAAUAUGUUGAUCAAUAAUUCACUUCAAACCUAGAAUCCCUAGAAUCCAUUAUCCCAACCACAAAAUUUGCCAGCCCUAGCCUAGUCUCUGGGACACUAAUUUCUUUGCACACUGUCAAGUCUAUGUUCUUUCUUCACUGGGUAACUGUCAGCCUUCAAAUGGUGAAUGCUCAUUGUGGUAGACUGUCAGCCUACUGUUAACCAACAGUUGAGGGACAGUUGACCAACAGUUAGCUGACUGCUGGCCAACUGCUUGCUGACAAUCGGCCAACUGUCAGUUAAAUCAAAAUGUUGGUCGUCUGUCAGUUUAGGGGAGUUGUUGAUUCAGUUCAGAAACAAGGAGAGUCUAUUAUGCCUUAGUCGUUGCUUGUUAUUGUAUCAAUUUUUUUUUUCCUAGUCCAAAGAAUUUUUGCAAAAAAAGGGGUAAUCAUGGUGAUUGGCUUGCUACAUAACACGCAGGUGAAGUGUGACCUGUUGCGUCAAAAAAAUUAUUUUCCCUUAUGCAAGAAGUGAACACUCCAUUCUCUCUUCCUCGGUAGUCUUUGGCAUGUUAUAUGGCAUUAUAAUAGACUUAAAUGGAAUAACCAAUAUAGAUUCCAAUGGCUAUACUCUCGUAGGUUAUUAUUUAGGGCUGGAGUGGCCCAAAAUAACAUUCUUGAGGUUUAUCUUAGUACAGUAAGACCUGUAUUAGAAUAUUAUGCUGUCCCUGUAUGGCAGACUAUUCUGGACUAUUAAAUAAUCAAGGGAGUGCAAAAAAGAGGGCUUUGAGGAUAAUUCAUCCUGAUGCUUAGUCAUAUAUGGAGGCCUUGCAAAUAGCAAAGAUAGCAAGAAUAAAGAAAAGAAGAGAUGACCUUUGUGUUAAGUACAUGGAUAAGAUGAAGUUUAAAGACCAUCCUUUACACUUCUUAUUCGCCAAGGCUACUCAUUAAUCAGCCCAAGUACAAUCUAAGGAAGAAUCCUGACAGAUUCUAUUUGUUUAAUGAGUCUAUUACCUGUAGGACAAAGAGAGCAGAUAUUUUUUUGACAUUUUUAUAUUUUAGCUUGUAUGAUUAACUUUUAUUGUAGUACAAUAUAAAGCCUCUGAAUUACAAGUAAUCACAGUUUACUUUCUUCAACAAAACAGGUUACGUACGGGUUUUGUGCUUAUACUGUACGACAUAGAAGGCUGAAAAAAAUUGCAAGUGCUCAAAAAGUGAAAACAUAUUCUCUCCCUAGAGAUCUAUUUUUGAUUGAAGACUGCAUUACAUACCUAAAAUCUAUUUAAUUUGUAAUUCACAGAGGGAGAUCCUUCAUUACCUAAAGCCGAUGGAAGGCAUGUUUUGCUUCAGAAAUUUGAAAGUGUCCAGGCAGAAAAUGCUGAGUUGAAAAGGCAACUUAAAGUGAUUCAGAAGAGAUUGCAAGAUAUAUAUGAAAGGGACAGUCAAGGUACUUUUUCAUGUGUGAAAAAUAUGUUAUUUGCACCCUUCUGUUUAUGAUUUAAAAAUACUUUUUUUCUUUUUUCUUUUUUUUUUUAUUACAGUUGCAAAUGAGAACAAGACUACAUCAUGUUUAAAUGACUUAAGACCAUACCGUUGUGAGGUAGGAAUUUUUUUCAUACAUGAUGUUUUGUAGAGAACAAAUCCAAUAAAUCUUAUCUUAGUCAAGCAAGAAAUUUUCUUGAGGUUAAGCAGUUUUUACUGUAACUGCAAGGAUCACGUCAACGUUCAUAUCGUCAUGAGCAGUAUGAUUGAUUAUAUAUAAUCUAAGUCAAAUCUUAGAUAUCCUAAAAGCUGCUGUCAAUAUUUUUUGGCCUUAAAUGUUUUACCAUAUUUGUCUUCGUCUGUUUUGGCUUUAUAUUUUAUUAUUAAAAUCCAAGCUUAAGUCAACCAAAGAGAACAACUCAUAGUGUGGGAUAUUUAUGUACUAAGCAAUUGUUUGCAUUAUCGUGAAAAUAAUAUAUUUCUAAAAUACUCUUGUUUAUAAUCUUCUGUUUUUUCACUAAAAAAUUUAUGUGCAUGGGUAGUUUUGUAAUCUGAAACAUGUAAACUUUUGUUAUCAGGUGAUAAUUUUCAGGCGAGAAAUUGGUCACUCACUAUAUUGCCUAUGAAUUAGUUAACUUCUACUUUUCAGCGGUUGUUGAGUAAAAAAGGUAGCAUGAAGAAUGACUGUAGCUUCGCAAAGGAAGUAAAACGUACACACUUUUUGGUGGCUAUUUUUAAGGCUGGUUUUCAGUAGCGACAAAGCCGGAGUCGGAAUCGUAAAUUGCGUCAUAAGAGCACUUAUGACCUUGUGAAAAUAAAAAGUCAGAGUUGUAAGCAGAGUCAUAAGCGUGAUGGAAUUGGAGCUGGCAGAAUCGAAACGUUUCAUUUUCUUCUGACUCCGCUUAUGACUGUGUCAUUUACGAUCUAGUGAAAACCAGAUUGUCGGAGUCAGAAAUAUAAGCGGAAGGAUUAGCCAAUCACAGUUUUCAUUUCCACACUUUGUGAUUGGUUUAGUUCUUCCACUUCUCCUUGUGACUCUGGAAACCUUGAUUGUAAGGGACAGAUUACAACUCUGAUUCCGACUUUGUCGCUAGUGAAAACCAGGCUUUAAAGUCAAACAUCGUACUUCACACCUGUGGAACCUAAUACUAAUGAGCAAGGACAAUAGAUUUUCAAUAUUAACAUUAUUGUGGUUUGGCACAUGUAUCAUUGGCUCACAUGGCUUACUUGUGUUCUCUUUGCAGGUUAUUCAUAUCGCAGUGGUUUGUGCUGGUCACAGUGCAAGCCGGCAAGUUGUCACACUGAUAAAGUCUAUUCUGUUUCAUCGCCGUAAUCCUCUGCACUUCCACUUCAUCUCAGAUGCCAUUGCAGAGAAGAUUUUAACUGUCCUCUUUAAAACUUGGGAAAUAACGGCAGGCAAGAACAUGUUGGAAAAGUAUAUUAUGUACUGUAAAAGAUCAAAAUGGUGUUCAGGGUACAUGUUUAGAUUGCCAAGAGAAGGGAAGUUGGGUGAUAACUUGAAGGGAGCACUUAUUUUGUUGUUUUAAUUUCAUUCCCAGAAAGGCAGAAAAGUUUUUGUUUAUAAAGCCUUGAUGACGCAGUAAUAUUAUUAUUAUUCUUAAGCACCAGAGAGGGUGGAACUUGUAACUGUUAAUACAAACUGGAGUACAUACUGAAAACUGGGUGUUAAUUAAGCAUAUUGCAGAAAUGAAAAUAAUAGUAGUUUCGUCAGUUUGCUUUUUGUUCAUACUCAUUUGUAUGCAUCAUUCUAGGUUGACCCAGUGUUCUUUUUCUUUCAGUUGACACUAGUUUUUACAGUACAGAAAAGUUAAAGGUAUAAUUUAAAUAUUUAUAGCAGUAUUGUUUAAUAGAACUCAAAGUUACUUAAAUCUAAAAACAGGCCAAGUUGCAAAGUCCAGCCACUUAUUUUGGGAUUCUCACAUUGUGAUGAGCAUUAAAUUGUGUGUUAAAUGCUGAUACUGUAAGUGUUUCCAGAUCACUUGCUUGCAAACACUUCUGGUUUUGAUAUUAAUGAAAGCACAAGAUAGAUGUCAACGUCUAAAGCUAUAUCUAUCUUUUCCAAAAAUAUUGAACCAAAUUUAAGGGGGCAAGGCUUUAAGAGGACCAUACUGACCAAAUCUUUUGUGGAAAAUACAGUUUUUAUUCCAAUGCCAAAAAAUUGCUGGGAGUGUCCCAAUGCGGAUGUAUCUACAUUCAGAUUUUUACAUUGUUAGGUUAGACUAUCCUUCUUCAAAAUGAAAAACCACUCAGGAACUAUCCAGAAAGAUUGUACUGAUCAUUAUUUGGAUCUUUCAACUUACAGGAGAAAGUAUCUUGGAUACCAAAUAAACACUACUCUGGAAUUUUUGGGUUAAUGAAGUUGGUUCUUACUGAAGCAAUUCCACAAUCCUUGGACAAGGUAAGUUUUUGCAUGUGGACGCCCCCAAAAAAAUCAAUAAUGAUACUUUAAUGUUACUUUUAAAACAAUUUACCUAGUUAUAUAAAGAAAAAAUAUUGUCUUACUAGGUUGAGGUGAUUUCUUGCACACUCAACUGUAUGGUUGAAAUCUAGUGCCAUAAUUUUUUGUUUUAUUUGUUUUUUCUGCAGUCCCAACAGUUGCAGGUGGUUUUUGUUUUCCAAAUAUUAAAUUUUUGCGGAACGAAUUUGUAUUGUGUUAAUCACAGCACCAUUUUUGAUUUACUCUUGGUUUAAACUUAACUUUACAGGUAGUUGUUCUUGAUACUGAUGUUAUUUUUGCAUCUGAUAUUGCUGAAUUGUGGAGGAUUUUUGAUCAGCUCACGGGUAAAAAGGUCAGCACUGAUUUCUUGUUCAAAUUCACUGGUUUUGAAGUCAAGUAUUUUGAAGUAGUCAUUUCUUUGUAUGUUUCUAUGCAUUACAGAAAAAAGCUUGUUUACUACAUUAUAGGAGGAGGGUGUUAACGGCCUCAGCAGAUAAUUCCCUCUUCUAUCUCCAUUCAGAUCAUGCUCAGCCUCAUUGAAUUAUUGUUAGUUAUCAUCUCAUCAUCUGUUAAUCUUUCUUGUUUUUGUGCAGGCGAUUGGUCUGGUGGAGAAUCAAAGUGACUGGUACCUUGGAAAACUGUGGAGAAACCAUAAACCUUGGCCUGCACUGGUGAGUUUUCACAAAACAAAUGUUGUAGUGUAAAAUGAAAUUCAGUUUGUUUCAUCCUAGUUUGAUUCUUAACCCUGAAAUGUAAAAAUUAAUCAUGAUGUAAAACAGCAUGUUGUUUUUAAAAAAGCCGAAAAUGAACAAAACAAACACACAAACAAAUAAAAUACAAGACUCCAUAUACUGAAAAUAAAGUAUUAGUUUUAGCACAAAAGUAUUAAUUGAUGACAUGCCGGAGACAGGACUGCCAUUUUACAUGGUCAUCUGAGCCAUGCAAAGCUGUGGCUAUUUUCAGGGCAAAGGCAGUACCUUCAUCUUUCAGUUUAAUAUUCUUAAGUCUCUGAGUUUUGGUCUCGUCAUGGGUAUUGGACAUGUGACGUCAGCCUCUGCAAUCAUGUGCUCUACUGUCUGAGAUAGACCUGCCGCAGUUAAACAGUAUCAGUUUAAGUCUUGCAUUCAUGAGUAGAUAAAAAUAGGGUCUAUAAGUGCUUUGUAAUAAUUAUUGUGAUAGAGGACUCAAUUUGUACAGGUGUUGUAAUGUUAUGAGUUAAGAUAUGCUUGUGCUUUAGGGCCGAGGGUUCAACACUGGUGUUAUCCUACUGGACCUUUUAAAGUUGCGGCAGACUAAGUGGGCUAGCCUGUGGAGACUCACAGCUGAGAAAGAACUCAUGAACAUGCUGUCCACUGCACUGGCUGAUCAAGUAAGCUGUUCAUCACUUUGUUCCUCUUAUACAUUGCACAGUUGUUUUACAAAAUCUGGUUUGUGGAUUACUCUGCGGAACCAAGGCACUCUUGACGUACCACAAUGUAAGACUUCUUCAGGAAGAAAGACUUUCCAAAUUGCUUGGGCAAGUGACUGGAAACUGCAACUCACUCCCUACAGAACUUAGAAAAACAACUAGUAUAGGCUCUUUUAAAUUUAAUCUUUUUAAACAACUGAGAGACAGUGACAUUAGUAAUCAUAAAUGUACAGUGUAACUAGUUGGAUUUUUUUAGUGUUUUUAAUAGUUUUUAGUGGUUCGUAAUAUUUUUAAUUAUUUUUUAGUAGUUCUUAAAUUAGCAGUUUUUAGUAGUCUUAUGUUAGCAGUUUUUAGGGUCUUUGAAAUGUAAUUGUAGAACAAUAUUAUUAUAAAUUUUGUUUACUGAACAUCUUGGGAAGACCAGCAUUGUAUAAUGCUGAUAGAUAUCUCCAGUAUAAAUAAAGCUUUUAUUACUGUUAUAUAUUAUUAUUAUUAUUAUUAUUAUUAAUGUGUUUUUGAAUAAAUAUGGCAUGUGAAAUUCUUCCUGUAACUUUUGUUUUUGUAGUAGUAGUGGCAGUAGUAGCAGUAGGAGGAUGCCAUUGUGCGAAUGGCCUAUUUAACCAACUUUUUCUUAGAACUUACAGUAAUUAUAAUGAUGGCAAUUUUAAGGUGACGCAAUUCAUCUGUAUUAACAAGAGCUCAAUACAGGAUAAUGGUGUAUUUUGUAUCAUUGAAAUUUUUAAGUUAAAUAUUUUGUAAAUAUACUCAAAGGAAUACUAUAUAUUUUUAGGACAUAUUUAAUGCAGUGAUAAAGAGUCAUCCACAUUUGGUAUUCAAACUACCAUGUACAUGGAACGUACAACUUGGGGACAACACACGUAGUGCAGUAUGUAUAGACCUUUCUAGUUUGCCCUUUGGCAUCUGAACUGCUGUUUAUCCUUUCUUUCCUACUGAAGAGCUCUGUGCAAGAACAUCUUGUGAUAUUUCCCUAAUUUUCGAUGUAAAAAUUUUUUUGCACACCUUUUCUUUCUUCAAAUUAAGUGAUAUCUUUUUUUCCUGCUUGUAGACAUGUUACAAGGAUGUUUCUGAACUGAAGGUAAAACAUGUGUCAGUAAUGCUUUAGUUAUUUGCUUUGAUUUUGAAUGUACUUCAUUGCAGUGGUUUCUACUGCUUUUAGUUCUGUUGUGUCUCAAAGUCUAGUAUGUCAACAGAAAUGAAGUUUAGAAGUCAAAUUUAACAUGCCUUAUUCUAGAAAAUUAACACUCAAAGGCAAUGAAGACAAUAGUGAGAAAUUUCGUUUUGAAGAAAUACAGAGUUUAUUUUUUCAGUAAACUCAUCAACAAUAGACGAGGAUGGGUGUAGGUGUCCUAGAGGUUGGAGGUCAGAAGGUUGUUUAGAUGCAAAACAGGCUUAAUUCCACCUGGAAUGUCACCAAUUUCAACUGUAAAGUCUUCAAACCCUUUCAACGUAUACCUUAGUUUCCUCUGUAGAGUGUCCUCCACUACAAUCAACACCACUGGCCAGUAUUCUUUCAAGUUUAACUUUGCCUCAAUUCCAUUCAGUCACAUUUACUUAUUCAUGUUAUUUGAUUUGCUGCCCUUUGAUGUUUUUAAUUAAAUUCUACUCUUACUCUUAGGUUAUCCACUGGAACUCACCCAAGAAGCUGUUGGUAAAGAACAAACAUGGAGAGUUCUUCAGAAACCUUUACCUCACAUUCUUGGAAUAUGAUGGUAACUUCUUGAGGUAAUAACAGUGCACUAAAAAUGUUAUUGCUAGCAAAGCAUACUGAGCAUAAUGUUAUAAAUAAGGCAUCAGUGAUGGUGGAACAGUGGAGCAGUUGAACAGUGAUGGUCCACUUUUGCACCAUCACUGUUCCACUGUUUCACUGUUCCACCAUCUCUAUUCCAAUCUUCCACCAUCAUUGUUCCACUGUUCCACCAUCUCUUUUCCAUUGUUCCCCCAUCAUUCUUCCACUGUUCCACCAUAAUUGUUCCACUGUUCCACCAUCUCUGUUCCACUGUUCCACCAUAACUGUUCCACUAGUCCACCACCAUUGUUCUACUGGUCCACCAUCUCUCUUCCACUGUUCCACCAUAACUGUUCCUCUGUUCCACUAUCAUCGUUCCACUGUUCCACCAUCUCUGUUCCUCUGUUCCACCAUAUUUGUUCCACUGUUCCACUUUUCCACCAUCAUUGUUCCACUGGUCCACCAUCUCUGUUUCACUGUUCCACCAUAUUUGUUCCACUGUUCCACUGUUCCACCAUCAUUGUUCCACUGUUCCUCCAUCUCUGUUCCAUUGUUCCACCAUGACUUUUCCUCUGUUCCACCAUCUCUGUUUCACUGUUCCACCAUAACUGUUCCACUAGUCCACCAUCAUUGUUCCACUGGUGCACCAUCUCUGUUCCAUUGUUCCACCAUGACUUUUCCUCUGUUCCACCAUCUCUGUUUCACUGUUCCACCAUAACUGUUCCACUAGUCCACCAUCAUUGUUCCACUGUUCCUCCAUCUCUGUUCCAUUGUUCCACCAUGACUUUUCCUCUGUUCCACCAUCUCUGUUUCACAUUUCCACCAUAACUGUUCCACUAGUCCACCAUCAUUGUUCCACUGGUGCACCAUCUCUGUUCCACUGUUCCACCAUAACUGUUCCUCUGUUCCACUAUCACUGUUCCACUGUUCCACUGUUCCACCAUCUCUGUUCCACUGUUCCACCAUAUCUGUUCCACUUUUCCACCAUAUCUGUUCCACUGUUCCUCCAUCAUUGGUCCAUUGUUCAACCAUCUCUGUUCCAUCGUUCCACCAUAACUGUUCCUCUUUUCCACCAUCGCUGUCCCACUGUUCCACCAUCAUUGUUUCACUGUUCCACCAUGUCUGUUCCACUGUUCCUCCAUCUCUUUUUCACUGUUCCCCCAUAGCUGUUUCUCUGUUCCACCAUCAUGUUUCCACUGGUCCACCAUCUCUGUUCCACUGUUCCACUAUCACUUUUUCACUGUUCCACCAUCAUUGUUCCACUGUUCCACUAUAACUGCUGCUCUGUUCCACUAUCACUGUUCCACUGUUCCACCAUCAUUGUUUCACUGUUCCACUAUCUCUGUUCCACUGUUCCACCGCAACUGUUCCUCUGUUCCACUAUCACUGUUCCACCAUCAUGGUUCCAUUAUUCUACCAUAAUUGUUCCACUAGUCCACCAUCAUUCUUCUACUGGUCUACCAUCGCUGUUCCACUCUUCCACCAUCAUUGUUCCACUGUUCCACCAUGUCUGUUCCACUGUUCCACCAUCUCUUUUUCACUGUUCCACCAAAGCUGUUCCUCUGUUCCACCGUCAUUGUUCCACUGGUCCACCAUCUCUGUUCCACUGUUCCACCAUAACUGUUCCUCUGUUCCACCAUCACUGUUCUACUUUUCCACCAUCAUUGUUCCUUUUUUCCAGCAUCCUUGUUCCACUGUUCCACCAUCUCUUCUCCACUGUUUUACCAUAACUGUUCCACUGUUGUACUGCCCCACCAUUCUACUGUUCCACCAUCAUUGUUCCACUGUUCCACCAUAUCUGUUCCACUGUUCAACCAUCUCUUUUUAACUGUUCCACCAUAGCUCUUCCUCUGUUCCACCAUGAUUGUUCCACUGGUCUACCAUCUCUGAUCCACUGUUCCACUAUCACUGUUUUACUGUUCCACCAUCAUUGUUCCAUUGUUCCACCAUAACUGUUGCUCUGUUCCACCGCAACUGUUCCUCUGUUCCACUAUCACUGUUCCACCAUCAUUGUUCAACUGUUCCACCAUCUCUGUUCCACUGUUCCACCAUAAUUGUUCCACUGUUCCACCAUCAUUGUUGCACUGUUCCACUGUUUGACCAUAUCUGUUCCACUGUUCCACCAUCAUUGUUGCACUGUUCCCCUGUUCCACCAUCUCUGUUCCACUGUUCCACCAUAACUUUUCCUCUGUUCCACCAUCACUGUUCUACUUUUCCACCAUCAUUGUUCCUUUUUUCCAGCAUCCUUGUUCCACUGUUCCACCAUCUCUUCUCCACUGUUUUACCAUAACUGUUCCACUGUUGUACUGCUCCACCAUUCUACUGUUCCACCAUCAUUGUUCCACUGUUCCACCAUAUCUGUUCCACUGUUCCACCAUCUCUUUAUCACUGUUCCACCAUAACUGUUCCUUUGUUCCACCAUCAUUAUUCCACUGUUCCACCAUCUCUGUUCGACUGUUCCACCAUAUCUGUUCCCCUGUUCCACCAUCAUUGUUCCACUGGUCCACCAUCUCUGUUCCACUGUUCCACCAUAACUGUUCUUCUGUUCCACUAUCACUGUUCUACUGUUCCACCAUCAUUGCUCCACUGUUCCACUAUCACUGUUCCUCUGUUUCAUCAUAAACGUUUCCCUAUUCUACCAUCUGUGUUGCGCUGUUUCAUCGUCACUGUUUCUCUGUUGCAUCAUUGUUCCACUGUUCCACCAUAACUGUUGCACUAUUCGACUAUGAAUCUUCUCGUGUGCCACCAUCGCUGUUCAUCUUUUCAUUGUUCCACUGUUCCACCAUCAUUGUUCCACUGUUCCACUAUCUUUGUUCAACUGUUUCUCCAUGUCUUUUUAACAGUUUAACCAUCAUUGUUCCACUUUUCCACCCUCACUGUUCUACCAUCUCUGUUCUACUGUUCCACCAUCUUUGUUACAUUGUUUCACCAUAUCUUUUCUACUGUUUUACCAUUGUUGUUCCACUUUGUCAGCAUUAUUGUUGCAUUGUUCCACAUCUCGGUUUUACUUUUCUACAAUCUCUGUUCCACUGUUCCACCAUCUCUGCCAUUACAGUGAGGGGUUCCAUUUUGGAAGUAAAAAAAAAUAACGAUUAUUGUUAUUGCUAGCUCCAAUUUGUAUCUUCUUUUGUUAUUUAUUCACUUGAUACAUUUCAAUUCAUGGAAACAAAGGAAACUGUAUGUAAUGAUGAUGAUGGUGAUGAUGAUAAUCAUCAUCAUCAUCAUUGUCGUCAUUGUGUUUACUACUAUUUUGUGACAAUAUCUUUCAUCUUUUUAGGCGAUGGAUAUUUCCCUGUAAUGACGCUGACAACACUAUUAACGAAGCUACAAAGGAAGUCCAAUCUCAGCAGACUCUUUUUGAAAAGGUAUUAUAUAGUAUUAAACUUAUUUAGUAUUUUUCACAGAUUUGUGUUGAAUUAGUGAAAAGAGAAAUAUAUAUAUCGAUAAAAGGCAAGGAAAACUGAAGCAUUUCACAUUUCUGUCAGGGGUGUCUUUCAUUGAAGAACAAGGAUUGGAAAAUGGACAGAAUGGCUUUGAGGGAAGACCACUACUGUAUAAUCCUUAAAAUUUUUGUUUUUGUCAGGGAGAUUUUAUUUUUAUUGGGGAAAAGGCAGAGAAUUAAUUUUUUGAAAACUAAUGUCUGCAACCAUUACCUGAAGGUUUCCUUUAUGACAGUACAUUUUUUCCUUUUAAUUUUCUUGUUUAUUUUUGAAUUCAGAGUACAGGUAAUACAGAUAAUGAAGAUAUCUGCUAUGAGUUCAAACAAGAACAGGAUUUAAUUCACAGGACCCAUCUCUACUAUAUGGAUUACGAUUUUUCAACAGUAAGUAUUCAGUCAGUAAGGGAAUGUUCAACAAAAAAUAACAAACAACCUUUUUUUUGUCUGUUAUGACUGUGCCAUAUUUGUUCAUUCAGAUAAUAAAAUUUCCACAAAUCUGGGGAUUGUUUAUCAACUGGUACAAGAAAAAAAUAUUUUCUAACAUUUGUCUCGUUCUCCCAACCUACUCAGCAAUAGCACGCUUACUUACUUAAUGGGUUUAAUAUUAUGGCCUAGUCCAUUUCAAGCAUGUCCAGUUUCAUUAAUCCUAAAGUUGCAAAUGCCCCACAAAAGCCGUCAUCACAGGGUUCUCAAUAGAAUUUUCUAUAGUCAUUGCUGUGCUACUUACAGGCGUAAAACAUGGUAUGCUCCACCAGGAAAAUUUAGAUUUAAGUUUCCCAGAAAUGUUUUGCAGGAGACAUGUUUUUGCACUUGGAAAGACAACACUUACAAGAGGCCUGGGCUCAAAUGUACAAAUUCAAUACUGUAAAAUUCUGAAAAUGAGCCUAGGGGCUUAUAUUUUUUAAAAGCUCUUUUUGAGGGGCUUAUCUAUGGAGGGAAAUUUGUGUUUCAAAAUCGAUUCAGCUCGCCUUAUAGUUGGAGGUAAAUGUACUGUUUUUGCUUUGUUUUCUUUGUAUUUGAGGACAAUUUUCCAAGUGCAAGCCCCCAGCGGGCUUAUAUUUGGAGGGGCGAUUUAACAGAGGGUUUUUUGCGUUACUCUUUUGGGGGGCUUUUUUGGAGGGACUCAUUUUCGGAAUUUUACUGUAUGCCUAAUAACACAGUGUCAUGAAAUACACCCUAGUGUGUUUGUGGCAGGCGUUUAGAUCUUUUUGGCAUCAGUUUGUUAUACAUCUCUAUGUUUUGUCAGGUUGAAGAUCCUUUUGAUGUAACCCUUGUGGUACAGCUCUCUAUUGACAGACUUCAGAUGAUUGAAACACUAUGCCUUCACUGGGAAGGUAAGAUUUAGAAGCUCUGGGUAGCAAGGGUGGCGCAGUGGUGAGAGCACUCACCUCCCAUCAGUGUGGCCCAGGUUCAAAUCCUGGUGUCGAUGCCAUAUGUGGGUUGAGUUUGUCAUUGGUUCUCUCCCUUGCUCCAAGAGGUUUUUCUUCAGGCACUCCAGGUUACCCCUCUCCUCAAAAACCAACAUUUCCAAAUUCCAAUUUGACUAGAAAUCAGGUAGACAAAGAACCACAUGGUGGAUGUGCUAUCUCUAAAUUUUUAUUUAUUUAAUUCCUGUUUCUUGGCCGCGAACUUUAGGAAAACAGAAAAAAAUCCUCCAUGCCUGUUGUCAUUUCCUCAUCAACAAACUUUGACUGCUCAGUCAUUUUUAAAGUAGCUUUCAAUUUUCUGGUGCUAAAAAAAAUCAGUUACUAUGUGUAUAGUGACUAAUAACCAGCCUUCUCAAAAGCUAUUCUUUGCGAAACUUAGAGGUUCAACUUGGAACACAUUUCUCGUCUAUUCACAGGUCCAAUAAGUUUGGCCUUGUAUAUGUCUGAUAGUGAGACACAACUUCUGUUGAGCUAUGUGCAGAGCUCUUCAGAGCUAGUCAAUAGAAGAAAUGUUGGAUAUCACAUUGUUUUCAAGGAAGGAGUAAGUACUUUUUAACUGUCAUUGUCACUUCUUGUGGUCUUUGAAAGCAAAACUACUUGGAAAAGAGUAAACACAGCAGUGUGAAACUACUUUAUAACUGGAGCUGGUCUCACUUGCUUUUUUUUACCAGCUGACCAACUUUGGUUUGUCUUACAGCAAUUCUAUCCUGUGAAUUACCUGAGAAAUAUAGCAUUGGAACAUGCUCGAACUCCUUUUGUCUUUCUAAGUGACAUUGACUUUGUACCAGUGUCAGGAACUUACACCACUUUGAGGUAUGUUAAAAAACAAUUAAAAAAUGUAUCGUGAUCAUGCAUGUUAAAUAAACUCUGUUAUAUAUCAGUUCUAAUCUUAUGUAAUGCCAUUUCUUUCUAUUUUUUUUCUGACAGACAAACCUUAAAAAUGUCUUCGAAUAUGAAUAAGAAGGUCUGUAUCACUAGCGGUCAACCAUUUAUUUCUAUAUUUCCUGAAACAAGGGAAUAUUGUUUAUUUAGCCUUCCUCAUAUUUCUGAUUAGUAAGGUUAAUGUUUCACCAUUGUUCCAUUCAAAUAUGAACUCCACUGAAAAAUGGCAUUACUUCUAAGUGUCCUAUCUCUUCUUUUGGGUAACGUUUUGAAGGAUAAAGGUGGAUAUUAAUUCAGUAGAUUUCUAUCUUCUUCAAAUCUUAAUAAUAAAGUGGACUAUGAUGGGCCACUAAUAGGAAAAAAGAAGAGAAAAGAAUUAAAAAAGAAUUUAGAUCUAGUGCUUUAACAAAGCUUAAGUGAAUGGCUAAGAAUUACCACAGGAAAUGGAUUUUUCUGGCAUUCUGGCAUUUCUUUCUUUAUCAUUUUGUUUCUGUGAGCCUUUGAAAAUUUCAUUUUGUAAGAAAACCAUACAGAUGCCAAACUUUUUUGUGAUUGUGUAUGUACUACUGAAAACUCUGCUUAAAUGCUAAUGAAUUAAGAUGAAGCAUAAAUUGAAUGACUUGAUGGUUUUCCUUCCUCAAGGCCCUCAUUGUUCCUGCUUUUGAGAGUCUUCAUUACAAGGUGACAUUUCCCAAGACCAAAGCCCAGCUUUUGUCAAUGUGGGACCUUGGUACCAUGUUUACAUUUCGGUAGGUAGAUAAAUACCCCUCACGGGGGUCACACAGUCUUGAAAAGUCCUUAAAUUUCUAUGCAAGUCCUUGAAAAGUCCUUGAAUUUCUAUGCAAGUCCUUGAAUUUUUUUCAGCUUUAAAUGUAGUGGCAUGGAAAGCGUUUUUUAAUGUUUUUUGGUUGUCAAAGACAGAAUAUAAAACAUAGCUCAGAGAAGUUGAUGUUGAUUUACAUAAAGCGUGUUUUGUUUUAUGCAAUAAUUAACAAUCAAUUUAAGACAAGUGAACUGAAAAAUCUAGAGAGGUUGGUGGAGCAAACAGUUCAAGCCUUAAAGUCCUGUUAGAAUGGACUGGGAAUGUGCAUUGUUGUACAAUCUGUGAUGUUACGUUCCUGGUUGGUGGUCCUUGAAAAGUUCUUUAAAAAUGGUUAAAAUUUUUUGCAUGAACCCUGCCUCAGCCUCGGAACAAAGUACAAACUUCUAUAAUUUGCUACUAGCCUGUUGCUGUUGCUUAAUUUUUUAAACUCUUCUUUGGGCCUCAGAACCCAUGACUUGAAGGCUAUGGUAAUAACCUGAAUUUAAUCCACCUCCUCCUCUCUCUAAGUCACUAGAAAGAAAGGCCUCUGAAAGCACUUGGUGUUAAUACUGUCCAGUGACCUCACUUAUACCCAAAAACCUGGUAGUGGCUCUGGUUUGUUGCCAUGCCGAUUUAUUAGGUCAUAUAAUUUUCAUACUUGAUAGUGACAUCACCAGACAGUAUUACACGUCUCCCUCCCAGAGUGACUCAGUGAGCAGAGGAGGCGGUUGAAAUUCAGGCUGCUGCAGUACCUCCAUCAAGUGUAAAAUACUGCAAAAUGUGGUCUUUUGCUUUUCAUGACUGUGGCUGGUGUUUGGGUCUGGGAACAAAAAAAAAUUAUUAAAGUGAUUAGUAAUGCAGUUGUCUGCUCCUUAUUUUUAAUCUCUUUUCUUUUCUUCAGGCAUCAUGAAUGGAGCAAGGGCCACGCACCAACAAAUUAUGCAAAAUGGAGAACUGCUACUACUCGAUACACGGUAUGUAAUGAAAAUAAAUGAUGUGCAAUAGGCCCUUUUCAGCUAGCCAUUCCUGUGUUACAAAACCGUCAUCCUAGAGAGCAAGAGAUACAAUGAUGUGAGCUUUCUGAUUGGCUUGUCCCAGUGAAUCCCUUGCUCUCCAACAUGGCAGUUUUGUAACACUUGACAGACUACUAGCUGCCAACAGCCUGUUAACCCUUUACACCCUAGAAUAGAGGAGUGAUCAGCAUGAAAUUUCUCCUUAUUAUAUCAAUGCUUUAGAAAACUGAGUGGUCACGAGAAUUGAGGUAAUGAUCAGGGAAGAUGAAUCUUUUUGAUACUUCAACAAAUUCUCCCCACUACUUCUAUUGAAAACAUAUGGGGAAAGAAAAUGAGAAUUUGAAUUAUGAUAUUUGGGUUUAAAGGAUUAUUGUCCAUUGCAGGUACAAUGGGAAGAGGACUUUGAACCUUAUGUGGUGGUACAGAGAAAUGUCAGCAGAUAUGACAAACGGUUUGUUGGAUUUGGAUGGAACAAAGUCUCCCACAUCAUGGAGUUGCAAGCUCAAGGGUGAAGUUAUUUUUUGUUUUUUACAUGACAAAAUGCUGAACACCAUCACUUGAUAAAGAUUCCAAAAUGGAAUUGAAAGCUUGCGGUGCUAAAGGUUUUAUCAUAGAUUACCUCUUUUAUGUUAAGGGCAAUGUUUAAGGCAUUUAACUUUGCAAUAAUACCACGUGCAUAGUUAAGUGUAAUAUUUUUAAAUUACUAAGUGACAAUGUGUUAGUCAUAUUAUUAUAAUGAUAAUAAUGUAACAUUGCAUUUUUCUCAUGAAACUCGUCUGAGUAGCAAGAAAUUUAUUGCUAUUACUUUUUGUUGAUCCAUCAACAUAGUGUACAGUGAAGGGGAUCUUAAAGUGCCCACAGCAAAUAGAUUCUUGUUCACUUAAGUGAAAAUUCCCUUUUUUCAGUUUGUUUGCUGAUUUGUUACCUUACCCAACCCCUCCCUCUUUCCUCUCUCUAUCCCCUCCUUUUUUGGUGCACUUCCCAUCUUUCUCCCACACUGGCGUGGAAAAUUCAGGGGGCCCAUUUUGACUGUUUGAAAACACACUCAUUGAUGUUUUUUUGUCCAUAGGUACGAGUUUGUUGUGUUGCCAAACGUUUUUAUUGUUCAUGUGCCACACUCACCUUCUUUCGACAUUUUCAAGUUUAGGUCAAGUUCUUUGUACAGAAAGUGAGUGUUUUUAUUAUUAAGAUCAUUAAAAACCUUUUUGGUAAAUUGAAUGCAACUCAUUAUUUGCUUUACAAAUGUCAUGGUUUAAAUCCUUUCUUGAUGCAAUUUUGUUGAUUCUUUUGUACAAUUUUUUCUGUGCAGGUGCUUAAAUAAAUUGAAACAAGAAUUUGUUCAAGAUCUGGUGACAAAAUAUGGUGGAGAAAGAUUAGUGGAGAUAGACAUGGACAGUUAACAACAGUUUCUUGGUUUGUUGUCAUCUAAAUAUUAUACAUAAUAAUAAUAAUAAUAAUAAUAAUAAUAAUAAUAAUAAUUACUAUACUCAGUUAUUUAAGAGGAAGUGUUAUUAGUUUCGUCAUACAAGUCACACAUUCAUGCACUGCCAGUUAUAGCCUGCGUCGCAAGUGUUAAAUGAGAGCAAGAAAAAAGGAAGAGGGGGGGAGGAGGUUUCCUUUUCUUCCCUCCUCCUCCUCCUCCUCCUCCUCCUCCUUCAUUCCUCUUUUUGCUUUCAUCCCAACUUUCUUGACCAAGGCUAUGCCAGUCACUGCCAGUGAAUAGAUUAAUAAAGCAGGAAUGAUUCCUUAGUUGACAAUAAACCAAGGCCAAUAAAGCGUACAGUAUGAAAUUAGGGAAAUUAGGGUUUAGGUGGCACUUUUUUGUCAGAGAAUAUUUAUUUUAAAUUUAUGAUAACUAGACAAAGUAUAGCUGUAUGUGAAUUGUAUUUUUUACCUAGGCAGCCGUGAAUGUUAACCAUAUUAUUAUAUUCCACCACAACUAAGAAAUGCUUUACCAUAUGCAGUUUUAUUUAUCCUGCUCUAUGAAUUAUACAGCCAAUCAGGAAGCUGAAAGGCCUUUCCAUAUCUGGUCUGUUGUAGUAAGAUAUAAAAAUGUUAUUGAAACUAUAUACAAAAGAGUACCAUGUAAAUUUCCGUUUACAACACAGAAUGCGAUCUUCUAACUCGGACCACACACACUACAUACCUGCGCAAUUGGCUUUAGGGUGAAGGAAUUAUAAGGAGAAGGGGUUUUUUCUAAUAACCUUUCUUAAUUCACAUUCAGUGAGAAAGACUUCAUUGUCUGUUAUGUCGACAGACUUUUUCUUGAAGAGAAAUUGAGGCAGGUCUUAUAGAUAAUUAUGUUGGUUCCAAAAACCUCUCUCAAAUCCAUGUAAGGAUUCAUAAGCCUGUAAAGAAGAAAGUCCGUAUUAGGAAACCCAGACCUCCCUUAUAAGUACCUCACUGGAUGCUUGAGUUGAGAAAUCGUAACACAGAGGCCUACGAAACUGAGAGUGCAGGGGCAUGACUUUCUCCAGCCAUUUGUAUCACUUUACUGCCUACAGUUGAUGAUAAUCCUGCAACAGACUACCACCGGCAGCGUCUCCUUCAAGGGCGUGUAGUCUAACAAUGUGUAGGUCCUCUAAAUUAUUUAAUGUUGGUAGCCAUGGAGUUAUUGAAUGCUCGAAAUACCGGCUAAUGUCAGUGCUGCAAAAGGUUCAUUGUUGCAUUGUAUUAUGUUGGAAGUGUUACAGAGAGAAUCCUAGCAGAAUACAGUUGCUCAUACAGUAGAACUUCAUCUGAGUUUAGUUUACUAUCUCGAGCAUUAUUCAGAUUUUUUUAUAUAAGUAUUCACAGAACUUUUCGCCUCGUGCUUGGAAGUUUAGUUCGCAGGUUUCUCAUGCACUGGUAGUGACGAUAAUUGAUUAAUUUGAAUAAUAUAUACAUGUAUAAU